UCAGAUUAAUGGGUAUUACCCCCACCGACUUAAAGCGUACGGUGGAAUCCACACAAUCCAACUUCAUCUCUUCCUCUCGUUAGUCUUUUCCGCCCGAAGACAAAAACACACCAAGUCAUUUUGAACUUUCCUCUCUCACGAGCCACAAUUUUCUCAGAGCUAGGGCCAUGGCGGGUUGUGUGGGCGGUACAGAUCGAACCCUAGCAUGCAGAAACAGCGAAGCCGCGGCUCAUCUCAAGUUCAUCUCACUCUUUAUCAUCUUCUUCACGAGUGUUGUAGGUAUCUCUUUACCAGUCGUGUUGGCCCGGUUUUUCCAAGGCAAACCCAGUUACGAUAAAGCUAUUUUGAUCAUCAAGUGCUUUGCCGCCGGCGUAAUUCUGUCUACUUCUCUUGUCCAUGUCCUUCCUGACGCUUAUGAAGCUCUCUCUGAUUGCCAAGUAGCAACAAAACAUCCAUGGAAAGAUUUCCCCUUUUCGGGUUUGGUUACUUUAAUCGGUGCCUUGUUGGCUUUGUUGGUUGAUAUAACUGCGAGUGCUCACGUUGAACAUGGCCACGGCGGCGGCGGCCAUAUGAGUCCUGAUAAAGACGCUUACUCGCUCAUCGGGAAACCUGAGGAAACAGUAAUUCCGGGGAAGAAAGGACUUGGUGAAUCAGGCAGAUCUAUUGAAUUGGUUGAACAUAAUAUUAUUAGGGAUAGAAGUGAAGAAUUAACGAAGCUUAAACAGAAAUUAGUGUCUCAAGUUUUGGAGAUAGGGAUAAUUUUUCAUUCAAUUAUAAUCGGUGUCACCAUGGGGAUGUCUCAGAAUCAAUGCACCAUUAGACCUCUUGUUGCUGCUCUUGCGUUUCAUCAGAUCUUCGAGGGUAUGGGCCUCGGUGGCUGCAUCGCUCAGGCGGGAUUUAGCAUUGGAACAGUGGCGUACAUGUGCUUCAUGUUCUCAGUUACAACGCCAAUGGGGAUAAUUUUAGGGAUGAUAGUAUUUUCAGUGACAGGUUACGAUGACAGUAGUCCUCAUGCUUUGAUAAUGGAGGGCCUUCUGGGAUCUUUAUCUUCUGGAAUACUUAUAUACAUGGGUCUGGUGGAUCUCAUUGCUGUAGAUUUUUUCCACAACAAGUUGAUGGCUUCUCAAGCAUGGUUGAAGAAGGUAUCUUUUAUUGCUUUGGCUCUUGGCUCUACUUCAAUGUCCAUUCUCGCCAUCUGGGCUUGAAACUUUGUUUAAUUCUAAUAAAAAACAAUGAUCCUGUAAAGAAGGAAACAAUUAUGGUUACAGUUUGCAUCGCAAUGAAUGGUGAAAUUCAGAA